GUUAAGUAGUCCAACACAUCAUCAACAAACAUGGCUGGUAACGGAGUUUCGAGGGGGCACAUUCGGCCAGGAAAAACACCACAAUUUCUAACAAUUGGUUUACUUUUAGUAAUAUGUAUACUUACAUUUAAUUACUGGAAUGUUUCAUCAAGAGGGAAAGCUCUACAAAAAGAGGUUAAAGAGAUGACAGACACGUUAGAGGAGCUUGCUGUUAAAAAGGUCCACCUAGAAAAACGAAGCACAGCACUACAGAACCAGAUAACCGAAGUUAACCACUUAAACGAGGAGCUACGCUCCCUGAAACUUAGUGCCGACAAUCAAAAAGAUAAAUUUGAAAGAGACUUAGAAAGUUUGAAAGAAGAACUUGCAUAUAUAAAGCAAGAGAGAGACUCUUAUCGAGAUGCUAUUGUACACCUCCAAGGAAACUACACUGAUGCUAUGAGAAAGCUAGAUAGUACAAGAAAUGAGUUUGAUAAUAUGCGUCAAGAGUUUGAGAAAUACCAGGAGAUGCAUGAAACACACAACAAACAACACAAUGAGGAUGUUCUCAGGACACAAGACCAGCUGCAAGAAUGUGAAGUACAACGUCAACAGGCCCUUACGGUGAAGGACAACCUGCAAGCAACUUUACAUUCUCUUCAGGCGGAACUACAGCAGGUGCGAAACCAAUAUCGUGCCGUUCAACGUGAAGGUUAUCAGCAGUUCAACAACCAGCAGCAGUAUAAUCUUGGCCAGACACAGCAACUUCCUGCCGGACAACAACAACAACAACAACUACAACAACAACUACUGCUACAACAACAGGGAAAUGUUUUGAGGAAUCCUACAUAUGGGCAGCAAAUCGGGCAACAACAGCAGCAGAACAUGUUAAACCCUCAAGAUGAUAAGAAUCAGUACAACUUCCAACAGAAUGUGAAGACCAACCAGUAUAACCCAAACCCACCUGUUGUCAAGGCAGAAACUGAACUUGUCAAUCAACUGCCUCAACUACCACAACAAGAAAUUCAAGAAGAAGAGAAAAAAGAGGGAAAUGAACCUGUAGAAGAACAGAAAGUUGAGGAAACACAACAGGAACAAGGCCAAGAUCCUGGGCCUCCACAGAUGGAGGUCAAUGAUGAAAAGGUAAACGUUCCAAAUGAAGAAACUGGCAGCAAAGAAAAUAAGAAUGAAGAAGAAAAUAAGAAUGAAGAAAAAAAUGAAGAAGAGGAAGAAAACCGGCAGCAAGAUAUGGCAAAUGGUGGAGAUGAAGAUGAUGAAGAAAAUUUGGACGAGGAGGAAAAACUGGUAGAUGAGAGAGACAGGGCACAGGGUUCACAUGGCGAGAGAGUGGAUGGCGAUGAACAAAAUGAAGAUGCAGCUUAUCGUGAUGCACAGUUGGCCGCAGAGAAAGAAGACGAAAAUGAUAGUGACAAAGGAGAUGAUAACGAGAUUAGGAAUGAGGUGCAGGAUGAGCAAGUUGUAUUAGAUGCAAAUCCCGUGCCAUUGUUUAAUGAAGAUGAAGUUCAAAAGGAUGGUUUAAUAGCAGAGAGCAAGGAUUAUGCAGAGUGGGAAGAACUAGAUGGUGUUAACAAAGAUGAGAAUGGAGGGGAAGAAGAGAAUGGAGGGGAAGAAGAGAAUGGAGGGGAAGAGGAGAAUGGAGGGGAAGAGAAUGGAGAAGAAGAAGAAGAAGAAGAAGAGGAAGGGAAUGUAGGGGAAGAAGAGAAUGGAGAAGGAGGGGAAGAUGAGGAAGAGAUUGAUGUACCAGACAAUUUUGAAGCUCAAUAUAGAAACAAAGGGGAUAAUGACCAGAACAAAGAUGAUGCUAAUGAUGCUCAUGACAUGGGGGAUAAUGGUAAUCAAGACAAUGAUGACUAUGCAUAAUCAUCAUAUUAAGGACUUUGCAGUUAAAAGUCCUUGGUCAUAUUAAGCAAUAUAGUUCCUUUUUAGUUUAAAUUCUUAUGUUUAAAAAAUAGAUCUAAAUAAUGUUGUGGGUUGUUUCAGUCUUUCAGUUAGAUAUACAAAAAUAUUUAGUUGAUUUUGUCACACAGAUGUCCAUAAAUUAUAUUAAUUAUAACAUGCACCUCAUAACAUUGUGUCUGCAUUUUGCAAAGGGAAAUCGUUUUGUAAACACAUGUAUUUUUGUAUUCAAGCUUUUUGAUCAAAAGACUUCAAUGAUAAAUUUAGUGAAUACAAGAUCGUUAUAACGAGUUUAUGUUACAAAAUUCAAUAAUAGGGUUAGUUAUUAAAUAAGCAUUUCUAGCAGUUAUUAUUAUUAUUAUUGUUGUUAAUUAUUGUUGGUGAUUAAUGGUGCAGUAUUCUGGACAUAUUGUAUUGUAUUUGCUUUUUUCAGUUUGUAGCUAAAGGCCAACAGACAGCGUUGUAUGAUGCAGCCCUACGUUACUCAUCGUCACGAACAGUCUUAAGCUGUCGUGAGAAAUAUUUAAAAUGUUUAAAAUUCUAUGACUCGACUGUUCCCGAUGCAAACCCUUGCAUCUGCAUUUAACUUGCACUGACACGACACAGCAACAAAUCAUGUCGAGCUGCAUCGUAUGACGCUGUCUUGAGUUGGCCUUAACUAUACAUUUUAGUUAUAGCAUACCUUUUCAAUAAUGUUAAGUAGGUACAAAUAUAAUAUACUAUGUAUCUACAUCAUUAGAUUUUAAAUAAAUAUUUAAUUAUAUCAAAGGACCAUACAGUAUAUGGUAUUGACAUUUUCCAGUCCUAAUGAUAAGACAUCUCAGGCGCGUACCGUGAAAGAAAGUGCCCUUUAAAUAUGCUCGCUUCACUCACAAAUAACGCACCCCGCGAAUUCUGAAAGCUUCGCUAAAUUGCUCCGAGUUCAGCUCGCCCCCUGCGCUUUCGUUUCGAACCCCCUUAGAUUUUUCACCGUACGCCCCUGCAUCUUGUUAUUAUAUUCAGGGCUCACAGUGUUAGGGAAAUUUGGUACCUUUGAUAUAAGUAGUUAUAACUAGAUUACUAGGUAAUGUCUGCUUACUAGGUAAUGUCUGCUUACUAGGUGAUACCUUGGAUUACUGCAAUAAUAAUCUACUUAACUAGCUGACAGUUUUAAGUCUUCUUAUAGACACUGAGGUUGAUUUUUUUUUUUAAGUAUUAAGCCGGGCACUCACUACGCACGACGCCAUUCUAUCAAGAACGCAACGCGACGACACGCGCGCAACAGAUCAUUUUUAAUGACGAUCUGUUCAGACUGCUGCUGAAAAUCGGUAGACGGCGUCGCGUUGUCCAUCGCUCGCAGAGAGCAGUGUUAGAUUCAUCAUGCGACGGUCGUACAACGUAAUGAGUGGCUGGCUUUACAGGUACAGUAGUUGCUUUGUAAUGGUUCUCUUAUUUCAAAAUCACAUGCAAGUAGAAUUCAUUGGCAAGAGCAGGUGUUAUUCAGAACUGAUGCUGGCAGGCUAUUUACUAUUAAUUGUAUUUUCUAAAAACAAUCACCAGUAUUAUACACUAUCAAUGUCUGGGAGACUAACUAACUGGUUGCAUAGGUGCCAUUCAAUUUUUUUCAAGAGAGUACAAAAACUUCCGCUACCCUCCCUCCCCUAACAAGUUACAUAAAAUGAUUUUUGUCAAUUAGAGAAUAUAAUUUUUUCAUAAAAAAAUACAUAAACUGUUCAAUCCUAUCGAAAGUGAUGAAAAAUAGAUGACCCUAGGCAGAAUAUAAAAAAAUGUUUAUUGUACCAUGGCAAUCAUGUUACGAUCCUUUUCAUUGUGAACUGUGAAUGUUAAUUCUACAUUUGGAGGGAUUGGAUUGAAAAAUCAUUUAAAUAGUAAUUUUUAGUUUCUCUAUCAUUCAUUUUAACUUUAUUGUUUACUUGGAUGGUAGAUGUGCUGUGAAUAGUCACUAGACAUUAAAUCAGACAGGCCUAUUCUUCAUAAUUCUAAGAAACAUUUAUCAAGAUGGUUUAAAUUUAUUAAUUUAUAUAAAAGACCAUGUGUAUAGGGUUGCGAUUAAAUCACUUGGGCUGCUAAUUUGAAUCUGAUAUUGUGUAUGCCCAUCAAAGCCUCAGAGCAUGCAGCCCAAUCUUUCACCAGCCUCACCUUGUGCUGUAUAAAUGUGUGUGUUUAUUGUACUCUACUACCAAAUCCUAUUGUCAAUACAUUUCCUGCUGGGGUAAGUAUGGUAAACGCGGUCCACAGAGUCUUAAACGCAAUAGAUAGAACAUCUCGUGCAUGUUUAAUAACCAUGCUGAGAAAAUAUUAAUUUGUUUCGGAUGAUUUUUGCUGUAAAAUAAAUUUUUGAUAAGAAUUUUAUUUUCCGCCAUUUGUUUUUGGUAGUGUAUAUAUUUGUUGGACUGUAUUAUUUUAAUCAUUAAAUAUAUAUAUGGGGUACAUAAUGUACUUAAGUUCUGUUUUAAUUCGUAAGUAGGAAUACUUUUUAGAGCAUUAUCUAUCACAAUACCCUUAUUUUAUUAAAAUUAUACAUGAUUCCAACUAAAUUUUUAAUUGUAUUUUUUUUAUCCCAUCAUUUAGUUUUUAUUUUUAGAUAUGAGAACAUGUUUAUUAAAAUAAAACUGAUUUUAAUUAUUGUAGCUAAUUUCUAUUUUAACUUUUUAAAUGGAUUACUAUUAUUGUUUUACUUGAUAAUUACAAUAUAAUUAAAGUACCAUAUAUACUCUGUACUGUAUUAUAAUUAUGAUCAUUAAUGAUCAUUUGGACAUUUUAAUUAAACUGAUAAUGAGCAUUUGUAGCAGAAUACCUAAUGCCACCACUACUGAAACAGUACCAUUAAUAAUAUUACACACAACUUUUAAUGUUAUCAUUGUUAUCAAUACAUUAUUGAUAACAGGUACAAGAACUCAAUAAAAUGUUGUGUUCAAACAGGUUGGAUUGAAACCUGCAUCAGUACAGUGUAUGGUAAUAGGGGGCUUUCGUUUGUACUGUUUGGUGCAGCGGGAACGGUUUGGUUUCCCAAUCACAAGGUCAGAGUUUCAAUCCCUCGCGCUGCAUUUCGCUUGUGUCCUUGAGCAAGGUACUUUAUCUGCAUUGCUUCUCUCCACCCAGGAGUAUAAAUGGGUACCUUGUGGGGUUGAGGCAACACUUAACCCAAUGACCAGGGAAAAGAACUGCACUGUAUAACCUCAAGGAAGAGGCGCAUUAUAAAUGCCAGUAUCAUUCGAUAAAAUCUAGAACAUACAGGCAUCAUGUAAAAUUAUCUGCGCAUGUGAGGAUGUUUAUUUUUUGUCUGAAUUCUAGGAUGCAGUUUGGCCCAAAUCUAUGACAAUAGAAUCUGUCUUGGGCUCAAGCUACAUAAUCGAAAGCUCCCUAAUUGUACAGUUUCAAGUUGUCAGGAUAUGUAAAUAACAUUAUGUAAGACCUUGCAUGUUUUGUUGUGGAUAAACAAAUGCUCAUCAAAUUAAUCUUCAGUUUAUCAGUAGAUAAAAGAUGGACUACUUACACAAUUCUCUUGUUACCUCUAGCUUUCUUAGUUUUAUGUUAGUGAUGUGGUACAAUUGGAGGAGAAAAUAAUAAAACUUUAAAAA